AUGCUACGUUUCAUUGAGGGCAAAGUGCAGUCAACGGAAAAACCGGUUACUAUGUUGUCAAAAUCUUCGCGCAUAUGUCGAUCGUACCGAGUCAUACCCUUAUCCAUAAUCAAUGCUUCGUCACGUGCUUCUUCAACAGCAGUCAAAGUUGACAAUUGUCCAGUAAAAUUAACGCAAAGCUAUUACCAUCAUGCAUCAAGUGUACCUUUGUUGUAUCAUACAGUUGGACAACAUUUGAAUAUUUUAGCUGAGGAAUACCCCAAUCAUCGAUGUUAUACAUUCAAAGGUGAAGGCAAUAAAUCUUACACGUACAAAUCAUUCCUCGAUGAAGUCGAUAGUUUAGCGACGCGUUUAAUCGAAUUGGGCUUCGAGAAAAACGACCGGUUGGCUGUCUGGCUACCGAAUACAUCUGAGAACUGUGCAUUGACGUAUGCAGCAUCGAGAGUUGGUGUCAUUAAAGUAAAUAUUAAUCCUGCAUAUAUGGGACGAGAAUUACUCUAUUGUUUGAACAAAGUCGCUUGCAAGGGUUUAGUGAUGCGACCCAAUGUAAAAAUUAUUGACUGUAUUAAAAUAAUCAAUACAUUAAUUCCUGAACUUAGUGAAACAAAAGGCGAGAUCAAUUCGAAAUCGAUCCCAUCAUUGAAACAUAUUAUUCUAACGCCAGGCGAUAACGGACAAACAGUAACUACACCACCGGGUAUGCAUUCUUAUACUGAUCUCAUACGUAAAGGUGCCAACGGCAAACGCGAUGCAUUACAAGCAAGUCAGGCACACUUAGAUGGUGAUACACCACUCUCGAUUUUUUAUACUUCGGGUACGACAGGACAACCGAAAGCUGCUACUUUAACAAAUUUUAAUAUGCUUAAUAAUAACUUUCAUCUAUGCUAUACUUAUCCUGAACUAAUGAGCCGGGUUUGCUGUCCUAUACCCACCUUUCACAUAUUCGGCGAAAUUGCGGGAACCUUGAAUAUCAAUGUUCCGAAAUAUUUUACUGCAUUUUCAAGUAUAUUACCAGAUACAGUGGAAACUAUGCGAACUGUCCAGGACGAAAAAUGUACAGCGUUGAUUGGCGCGCCGAUUAUUUUUCGAGACAUACUUGCACAUCCAAGAAGAAAAGAAUUCGAUAUGAGUUCUCUUCUUUUCGGCAUUUUAGGUGCCGCACCUGUCAAUCCGGCGUUAAUCGAGCAAUUGGAGCGUGAAAUUCCGAUUAAGACAAUUUCACAAGGAUUCGGUCAAACGGAAAAUGCUGCAUCGAUGGCAAUGAGUGUAUUUGCUGAAAAUGACAAACAACGGCGGUAUUCAUCAGUUGGAAAAGCUCUACCACGACUUGAAAUGAAAAUAGCAGAUGCAAACGGAAAAAUUUUACCUGUCGGUCAAGAGGGAGAGAUUUGCGCGCGAGGUUUCAACAUAAUGAGAGGCUACUACAAUGAUGACGAGAAAACACGUGAAACAAUCACUCCGACUGGCUGGCUACGAACCGGCGAUUUAGGUGUUAUGGAUGACCAAGGUUAUGUUUAUUAUCGUUCACGUCAGAAAGAAAUGGUUAUCGUUGGUGGAAUCAAUGUUUAUCCAGUUGAGGUUGAAAACUUUCUCCUAGAGCAUCCAAGCAUUGCCGAGGCACAAGUCUUCGGUAUGCCUGAUAAACGCUAUGGUGAAGUACUCUGUGCAUGGGUUAAACCAAAGGCAGGAAUGAAAAUUGAUAAUGUGGAAGAAGUGAAAAAUUUUCUUGCAUCAAAAGUGGCUUUCUUCAAAGUACCAAAAUACGUGAAAAUUGUCGAAUCAUUUGCAGCUUUUACCACGCCAACUGGCAAAGUACAAAAGUUUAAAUUGGCUGAAGCAAUGGCGAAGGAAGCUCCAGUAACAGCAUAA